AUGAGCCUGUCGUCGUACCUGACAUGCAACCUGGUGCCCCGGCGCGGCGCAGCCGUGGACCCCUACGACGGCCCGCAGCCGCAGACGGCCACCUGCUGCACAGCGCUGCAGCGGGGCUUCACGCCCGACGGCCUCGCGCAGCCGCGGUACGCGCCGCUGCGGACGCCCGGAUCGGCGGCCUUGCUGGGGGACGAUCAGCCGCGGCAGCUGGCUGCUGAGCAGAUGGUAAUCAACAAGGAUGGCGGCGGCGGCGGCAUCUGCAUUGACGGGAAGAUGACAACAACGACGCCAACCAAGAAGAAGGUGAUCAAGAAGGUUGUGCGCAAGUGCAAGUCGACGGUGGAGGAUGUGGACGUGUCGCAGCUCAUCGAGGGGCCGCGGCUCCGGCGCAGCAGCGGCAUGCGCCGGGACUGGAGCUUCGAGGACCUCCGCGCGGGCAACAAGGCCGCCUAG